CAUGCUUAUAUAAUUCCACCUUUCUACUACUCUUUUCACAAACUCAUCUCAUAUUACUCCAUCACCAAAUUUUAAAAUUAACUACAAGAAUCUUAAACAAAUAUUGUAAUAAAAAAAAAAACCAAAAAUGGCCUUUUCUCCUUUAUCAAUAUUCUUCCUAUUAUCCAUGCUGUUGGUAUUUGCAUCAGCUUUGGAUAUGUCCAUAAUUUCAAAAAACCAACAAAAGAAUGUUAAUGAACCGGCCGGUCGAACCGAAGAUGAAGUUAAGGAUUUAUACGAGUCGUGGCUUGUUAAAUACGGUAAAAACUAUAACGGUAUUGGUGAAAAGGAGCGCCGGUUUCAAGUAUUUAAAGAUAACCUGCGGUUCAUAGAUCAACAAAACUCUGAAAACCGGAGCUAUAAGCUCGGGCUGAACCGGUUUGCUGAUUUGACAAACCAAGAGUACAGGUCUAUGUACUUGGGAACCCGGCUUAAUACAAAUCGCCACCGAUCCAACCGGUCUAAGAGUAGCCGUUAUGCGUAUAGGCUGGAAGGUGAUAACCUACCUAAGAGUAUUGAUUGGCGACAAAAAGGUGCCGUGGUUCCUGUUAAAGAUCAAGGCAGUUGUGGGAGUUGUUGGGCAUUUUCAACCAUAGCAGCAGUAGAAGGGAUAAACCAGAUAGUAACUGGAGAGUUAAUCUCACUUUCUGAGCAAGAGCUUGUUGAUUGUGACACUUUUUAUAAUGACGGAUGUAACGGCGGUCUUAUGGAAUAUGCCUUUGAGUUUAUAAUAGAAAAUGGUGGCAUUGAUUCUGAGGAAGAUUAUCCUUAUUUGGCUCGUGAUUCCAGAUGCGAUACUUACAGGAAAAAUGCCAAGGUGGUGACAAUUGAUAGCUACAAGAAUGUGGCUGUAAAUGAUGAGAAGGAGUUGCAAAUAGCCGUGGCAACUCAACCAGUAAGUGUUGCCAUUGAAGGUGGUGGUAGAGACUUCCAAUUUUAUGAUUCGGGUAUAUUCACCGGUCAUUGUGGAACAUCUUUAGACCAUGGAGUUACAGCAAUAGGAUAUGGGACAGAAAAUGGACUAGAUUACUGGAUUGUGAAGAAUUCAUGGGGAGAAUCUUGGGGAGAAGAUGGCUACAUUAGAAUGGAGCGAAACACGAAAUCUAGAACUGGUCUAUGUGGUAUAGCAAUGGAAGCUUCAUACCCAGUUAAAAAGGGAAAGAAUCCACCCAAUCCAGGGCCAUCUCCUCCUUCACCAGUACUGCCUCCAUCUGUUUGUGAUAGCUAUUAUUCAUGCCCAGAAGCUACAACUUGCUGCUGUGUGUAUGAUAUUGGUAACUACUGCUUUUCAUGGGGUUGUUGUCCUCUUGAAGCUGCUGUUUGUUGUGAAGAUCAUUACAGUUGCUGUCCUCAUGAUUACCCUAUUUGCAAUAUCUAUCAGGGUACUUGUCAGAUGGGCAAGAAUAAUCCACUCGGAAUACCCGCACUGAGGCGCACACCUGCAAAAUCUUAUCGGGCAGUUACUGGAAUCGGGAAGAGCAGUUCUUAAGUUCAUAUUGGGCUUAACACACUUGGGACUUGAUUGAUCAGUGUCUGAUUAGCAUAUGAGCUAGUUGCUAUGUUCUUAUGAUGCAUAACUUAUGAACUGCUAUGUUCCUGUUUAUAUUGAUGAUUCAUAAUUUUUACUAAUAUUCAUUGUAAAAUUUAUGUUAAGAUCCAAUUCUGUUAAAGACCAAGUUUAUAUGUCGUUAGUUAGGGAAGUAUUCCAACUUCCCUAGCUAGGACAAAGAUGAAGAUUUAUCAGGACAGAUUACCUGUAAUAUAUUGCUGUAUAAAAUGCAUUCUUGUUUAAAAUU